AUGUAUGUGAAUAAACCUAAUCUCAUUUUAAGGUCAAUCUAUUGGGAGCCAACCAAAAAGAUGAAUACAGAACAAAAAACAAAUGGAGUGUUUUUUGAUGGAAGUGAGGAUGAAGUUCUAAGUCCAAGUGACUUGUCUGAGAUGUUAGCUGAAGGUACCAAGGAAGCCCACGACCGAGCUGAGAACUGCCAGUUUGUCAAAGACUUCCUCAGAGGACGCAUUCAAAGAGAGCUGUUUAAGCGAGGAACAGCAGCUCUAUACUUUGUCUAUUUGGCCAUGGAGGAGGAGAUAGAGAAGAACAAAGAUCACCCACAGGUUGCUCCAAUCUACUUCCCCACAGAGUUGCACAGAUGUGAGGCUUUGGCCCGAGAUCUCGAGUAUUUCUACGGUGCCGACUGGGAAUCUCAGAUCACCCUCUCAGCAGGCACCAAGCCUUAUGUGGAGCGCAUCCAUGAGGUUGGGGAGCAGGACCCAGUGUUGUUGGUGGCCCACUCGUACACGCGCUAUAUGGGCGAUCUCUCGGGCGGGCAGAUCCUGAAGAAAGUGGCUCAGAGGGCACUCAAACUCCCCUCCACUGGCGAGGGCGUCAACUUCUACCAGUUCGAAGGCAUCCACAGUCACAAAGCCUUCAAGCAGCUGUACAGGAGCAGAAUGAAUGAGAUAGAGCUGGACACUGAAACCAAGCGGAAGAUUGUGGCUGAAUCCAACCGGACUUUUGGCUUCAACAUGAUGGUGUUCGGGGAGCUUGAAGAGAUUGGAAAAAGCCUCCCAGAGGAAGCACGAGAGGCAGGUUUUGGUCAUAGUCAUGCAGAAAUCAUGCAGGGAGGUGAUAUCAACAAGUGCCCGUACUAUGCAGCUAAAAUGGCCGUAAGUGGAAAUCCAACAUAUGCUUGCCAGUUCGCCAAGGCACUUCUACAACAUUUACCCUGUCAAGUGGCUCUGGCCACCUGGAUCGCUUUCCUUGCCGGCUUUACAGCCUGGUACCUUCUGUGA